GGGCGGGGCUUGAUUAUCCGAGACUGUGUGCACCGCACAGUUUAUUCUACACCAUCGAUUACCAGCGAAACGAAGCGGGAUUGGAGUGUGUGGUCCACUUGUUCAAAGCCAAGUGAAUCCGGACGGAGAGACCUGGACGAAUAUUCAUUGAAAUCAUACGGUGAUCUCAUAUUGGAUGAGAGCCGUAUGAUAUGUAAGAUAGACCUAACGGUUGGUUCUGUCUGCAAACUGCAGCAAUGACCACCACCACCACUAUACCUGCGAGGGGUCAAGGACUGGGCAGGUGUGUUACCUGUGGAGCGCGUGGAAGGGCUAGCAAAUGUGCCGAUCAGUCACCCACACCUCUUUGCCUGUGUGUCUAGUUUAACCCCACAUGGAUGGAUGCUACCCGUUGGAACACAAAGACCUUCAGCAUGGUGAGCAGCCCUGCCUCUCCGAGCCCACACCUUGCCGGUUUCCUCGCCACAGCUUCGCCCUGAGACCCAGGCUCCACCGGAAACCGUCAUUCGGUCAGCCUAUUCUAACCGGAGCACCAUGGUGAGACGAGCAACCACUCGGUAAUCUACCAGAGGACCCCGAUUCAACUCUCAUUCUUCCCCAGUCUUUGUUGUAUACAUUAAGUCUGCCUGCGCUCUGGGUUUCCUUUGUAACACAGGGUUUACGCAGAGCCGAGUGGACAGGGCAGCAGAGCGCCAGGGGUUUGGCAGUUAUUUUUGUCGAGAUGGCAGCGGGGCCAGAGCGGCCGGUGGCAGAGGCGCAGCAGCAGGAGCGGGACCAACCGCCAAUUGAGAACGGCUUCAUGUCGCUGGAGCAGACACAGGCCCCCAGGCUGCUGCCGCACGUCGACGGCUCAGUUAUACCGUCUCUCGGGGGAUUUGGGAAACACCAAAAACAGCUCGUGAUCCUGACGUGGAUACCAGCUUUAUUUAUCGGAUUUAGCCAGUUUUCGGAUUAUUUCCUUUUGGCCCAACCGAACAGCACGUGCGUACAGCCUCUGGUCAACGGGAGUAAUUGGACCAUGGGAUCUUUAACGUUACCGUUGACCGUCACGAAUGGUGGCAUUGGUACACCCGUGCCGUACCUCCCCCUAGACAAUGGCACAAGAGACGGUGACAGGGGUGGCAUGCAAUGUGCGUGUAAGGAGUGGAAGCUCGAACUGCAGACUGGACUCAGUCAGAACGUGGUAACCAAGUGGAACCUGGUGUGUGAUUCGGCCUGGAAGGUUCACAUCGCCAAGUUCUCUCUCUUAGUGGGAUCUAUCUUCGGCUACCUGGUGAUGGGCAUCCUAGCCGACUGGUUCGGUCGUCACCCGGUCCUGAUAGUCUCGGUGCUGUUCAUGUUGGUGUUUGGUUUGAGUGUAGCGUUCUCCUUCAACAUGACCAUGUUCAGCACAUUACGUUUCUUUGAGGGCUUCUGUCUGGCUGGCCUCACUCUCUCCCUCUACAUACUGAGGAUUGAGUUGUGCCUGCCAGGCUGGCGUUUCUCCAUGACCAUGGUGGCCAGUUUCCUCAUGGUGGGCGGGCAGCUGGUGAUGCCCGGGGUGGCGGCUCUGUGUCGUGAUUGGCCCGCCCGGGAUGAUUGGCAGGUCCUGCAGAUUAUUAUCAUCUGCCCCUUCGUCCUCAUGCUGCCCUACAUCUGGAUCUUCCCUGAGUCCCUGCGGUGGCUCCUGGCCACCCAGCACUACCGCCGCUCUAAAGCCAUGAUGCUCUGCAUCGCCAGGAAGAACCAGGUCGACAUGACAACCGAGCCCAGUGGCGUUCUAACAGAGCUGGAGCAUGAGCUGCAUAAGAAGCCAAAGAGGACCUGCAUCGUCAAGAUGACCAGCACCAGAAACCUGUGGAAGAACAUCGUCGUGCUCUGUGUCAACUCGUUGACUGGGUACGGUAUCCACCACUGUUUUGCCCGCAGUAUGAUGGACCCAGAGGCUCCUGUGUCGGCCAUGUUUCACGCUGACUACUACACUAUGGCUGGCAUCGCCGUAGCGACGUGCCUGGCGCUGUGCCCGGCCGUGGCAUUCAUGGGUCGUCGGGGCGGACUGCUCACCUUCAUGAUCAUCACCGCCCUGGCAUCACUGCUGCAGCUGGGUCUGCUCAACUUGAUUGGCAAGUACAGCCUUCGCCAUGACACAGUUCUGAGGGACACGCUAAACAGGAAGUUCUCUGUGGCAUUCUCCAUCAUUGGAAUGUUCUCCUCUCAUGCCGUCAGCACCCUCAGCAUCUUCUUCUGCGCUGAGAUCACUCCCACCGUCAUCAGGGGUGGUGGUCUGGGCCUGGUCCUGGCCAGUGCUGGCUUCGGCAUGCUGACGGCCCCCAUCAUGGAGCUUCACAACCAGAAGGGCUACUUCCUGCAUCACAUGAUCUUCGCUGCCUGCACCCUGCUGUGCAUCAUCUGUCUGCUACUGCUGCCCGAGCCGCGCAACCAGCCCCUGCCAGAGAGCCUCGCGGAUGGGGAGAGCUACACUCGCCAGCCCCUCCUCACCCACCGGCCUGGAGAGCAGCACCUCCUUCUCACCAAGCCUGGGAAUAGGGAUUUAUACUCCCGGGUCCACGACACGCCGCGGCAUCUUACGGCCACCGGGGGCGCCACAACAGCAGCGGCUACUGCUCUUGCAGCAGUGCCGACAUCGUAUGCUACCGGAGGGGAGGCGAUCAGUAAUAUUAUGGUGUCAAAUGGGGUGGGAGGGUCGUCGUAGCAGCAGACACACACUCCUCUCUGACACACACAGACAGAGGAUAGGACAAGACUGUGCUGCGGGGAUGGCAGGGACUGUCCCAUUCCUGGUCACUGUCAUGACUGGCCUGGUCUGAUGUGAUCAUUCAGUCAGGAGAACAUGGAAUAAUUCCACUUGUCAGAUUCUUCCAUGAGGAAUUCUUUAAUUUUAAAACAUUCCCAUUCUGGUGGGUUUAAUGGACAAAUGAACCCUCUCAUUAGACUCAUGAUACGAUCUCUCCACGUUGUGUUAGUGCGAAAGGGGGAAAUCGAGCUUCCCCAAUCAUGGACAUCCAAGAUUUGGACAAAAUAAAAAAAUCAUUACUAUUCAGAUGCCCCAGGAGGGCAUCAAUGGUUGGAUUUAAAUGGGUGGUAAUGUAUUAUGGUGAUGUAGUGAUUCUCUUCGUCCUAAAUGUCACCAUAUUCCCUAUAUAGUGUACUGCUUUUGACCAGGGCCUGCAUAGUGAACUACUCAUGACCCGAGGCCUAUCUAUAGGGAAUAGGGUAUUAUUUUGAAAACUCAAUAUGAUUUAGUAAGACUUUGAGGGCCUGCAAUAGAACAGGAUCUUGGAACAAAAUAUGGAAAAGUAUGUGUUUGCAAUUAACUGAAACUCGUUACAAUGACUUACAUGUAUUAGUGCCCAUAGGGUAGUUGUUGCCAAGGGUUGGCAGUGUGUAGAAUGAGUACCAUGGUUUCUGCAUGGGUCCAUGCUGAGGAGGGAUGCCAUGGUGUUUGUAAGUUAUCAGCAGAAUAGUGUACUCAAACCGCAUAGAGACAAAUGUAGAGAGCAGCAGAGCAGACACUGUAUACUAUAUUUCAUUUGAAACAUCAUGACUUUCAACAGUGAUGUGUGCUCUAUGCAAUUCAUUUCCCUGUUUAAUCAAAUGUAAUAAAAUAUUUGUCAGCCAACUUGUUUUAUGUGAAACUGCUGUGCUCUAAAUUGAAUAAAAGGGUAGGCCUACUUAAUGGGUUUAUUUAUGAAUUUGCGCCUCUCACCCCCCUGUCAAAAGUCCAAGUUGGCACUUUAUCCUUAGUAGCAGUGGAAUCAAUAUGAUGACUUUAGAAAACGGAGUAUUGCUUCCCCCAUUUAAUGUUGGUGAAUGAUGGUUGUCAACACAAUGCUAUGUGAGUGACAGCCGGAAACCUAAAAACUGGGAUGGAAAAGGAUUCAAACUUUUUAUGGUGUUUUUAUUUCCGUAUUCUAUGGUGUUGAGUGAACACUACUAGUUAGUUACUAGUAUGUGCAGAAUAUGUCCCAAAUAGCACCCUAUUUGCUACAUGGUGUACUACUUGGUCAAAAGUAGUGCACUACAUAGGGAAUAGGGUACAAUUUGAGAUUGAGCCUGUCACCACUAUGAAACAUAUGUUUCUGAAUGGCUUUAUCAUGAUGGUUCUUUUGUUUAAAAAAACCAAAAACAUUUUACAACUGGACAGGCGACUUUGAAAGAAUCAUUCAGUAAUUCAGUAUUUAUUUUUGUCAUGUUGCCAAGGGCAUUCUUGUUGCUUGAAAUACCUCUGUAAUUUAGCUAAUUCUGACCUUUCCUGUCCCUGUUCUCAACACUGUGGUAAAUAAUGUUAGUAGUAUAUUGCUGUUUUUAGGACUUGUUUCAACCUGUCUCUUUAGCACGGUUAAAUAAUGGCUGACCAUGCCACGAAGCACAAUGUCUAUCAGGGUUUUGAAAUGGUUAGUGUCUAGUUUAUUAGCUUAGUACAAUAGUGUGAUCUAGUUAGAACAGCUGUGACUUAGAGUAUGUUUGUAUACAAACUACUCUAACAUACAAAUGAUUAAUUCACACCUUACAUUAACGGCCUCAGGUGAUUUUAUUUGUCCCCCUAAGUUUUCUGAAAAGACUGUAGAAACACCAGCAAAUCAGCUCCAACUGAUUUUAAUUUUAGAAGUCUGUUACAAAGUAUUCCCACGCAUAAGAGAUAUGUGACCGUAUACAAAUGUAAACAAGAUUUGAAAUGAUUUGUUUUCAUCAAAUAUCUAUUUGGGCUUCCUUCAGCCAAUUUGCAGUCUACAAAUCAUUUUUAAGUAUGAUCCGGCCCCCUGACCAUCCACUCAACAAAAAAGAAUCAGCUGCUGCUGAAUCUAGUUAAUGAUCCCUGAUGUAUGCACUAUCAUAUUUCAAGUACUAGGCACAUCAAUUAGUUUCAUAGGACAAUUUGUCACACAAUGUGCAUAGAUGACCUUAAAAAGGACAAGUAUACUCUAUACAUUUCUACCAUAUUUGAUGCAAAUGGCACAUAUUUUGACGAUGGACACCUUGUAUUGUUUAUUUGGUAGUUUGUAAAUGUUUAUCAAUGAAAUUUUGUGGUAAAAUAAAUGAAAUUCCAUGAGUGAUUGUCAACCACUAAUAUUUUCUAAAUGUUUUUUGUUAUAUGAUGCACUUGUACAUAUUAAAACCAUAAAUGUUGUUUUGAUAAUAAACCACUUAAUGUAUUGUUUGUCAAUAAAUGAACACUAUCGAGGUGAUACAUGUGA